AUGUUUGUUAGGACAUAACGUUGUUGGAAAGAAUAAAACAAUUAUUAUGUUAACUGGAAUGAUUUAGAAAACAAAAGGAACAAUAAUAUUAAUGGGAUUGAUUUAAAAGUGAAUAUAGAUGCUAUAAGAGAAAAUGUUGGUAUAUCCACAUAAAGAGAUGUUCUAUAUGUAUCUUUAAAAGUUAUAUAGAGAUGCUGAUUUGGGGAGAGUCAAAUGAUUAGAGGGUUUAGAUUCACAAUAAGAAAUUAAUGAAAUCAUAGAAGUUACUGAAUUAGAAGAGGAUAGAGAUAAAUUAAUUGGAGAUAGUAGGGGAAAAUUAUUAUUGGAUAUUGCAUUGAUUGGUGGUUCUUUGGUUAUCUUUUAAGACGAACCAAGAAGUGGAAUGGAUGCAUAAUCAAGAAGAAUUAUCUGGGAGAUUUUAUAGAGAGUGAGAUAAUAAAAUAGAAAAAUAAUUUAACAACGGAUCAUUUGGAUGAAGCAGAAGUAUUAGCUGAUAGAAUCACUAUUAUGGCAGCAGGUAAAUUAUUAGCUUGUGGUAAAUGUGAUUAUAUUAAAACUAAUUUUGAAUUAAACUCUAUUAUAGAGUUCUUCAGAAUAAUUAUUAUCAAUUAUAUAAGAUGCUUAAAUUGAUCUUUAAUCUUAAUCAGAUACUAAGAUAUUUUUAAUACCUUUUAAAAGUAAAUAACAAUGGGAUAAAUUAAUGGAAAUUAUUUCUAAGGAAUAUGAAAAUUAAAUUGUUAUUAAUUUAACAUUAAAUUCUUUGGAACAUGUAUUUAUUAAUAUUGGAAUGGAUGAAGAGAGUUUAUCAAGAUAACCAAAGGAAGUAAAGCAAGUGUAAAUGACAGUGAAAUUGCUAUGGAAUAAGAAGUUGAAUAAUAAAGGAUAUUAAAAUUCUAAAUUGUUGAAAUAAUCCUCCUGUGUAUUCAUUUAAAUCAUAAUUUACUGCUAUAUUAUUAAGAAAGUUUUAUACUAUUUCAAGAACAUUCAGUAAUUAUAUUUCUAUUAUAAUCCCUUUCUCUUUGAUAGUUAUUGGAAAAAUCUAUAAGAUAAAAAAAUUUAGAAUAAUAUUUUAAAUUGGUGCUUAUAUCAUUAUUUGUAAUUCUAGCAUUUUGCUUUAAUUCCUCUUUAUUUAUCACAUUACCAGUGUUAGAGAAAGAAUUCAAUUUUAAAAUAUGUUUUAACAGUAAUUGGUUGUAGAGUAUUACCAUUUUGGAUAUGUACUUAUGCAUUUGAUUUUUACAUUGUUCUUUUUUUGUAAUCACAUUAUCAUAUGGGAUAUUUUGUAUUUUCUUUUGUUACUUUUGGUUUUGCUUAUAUUUCAUUCAUAUUUUAAUUUAUAAAAAAACAUCUACAGUUGCAUACAAAAUGUUAGUGUUUCAAUAUAGAAAUAGAAGAUACUUGGACUUUUGUGACCUAAUGGAUCUGGUAAAUCAACAGUUUUGAAUAUACUAACAUCAUUAAUUAAUAAGAGUAGUGGAUAUGCUAAAAUAAAAAAUGA